AUGCAUGCACGCCUCAUCGAUCACGGCCAGUUCAUCACUUUGGGCGCCUCCGAGACGUUCAACUCCCCGUUCAUGUUCCUCCGAUGCGCUGCUGCUCCACCGCACGAGUGCGAGGCCCGGUUUGAGCUCAAUGGCAACGUUACGUCGCUGCAAUCCCUCGGUCAAAAGCAUGCCCUCCACCCCACCGCCGAUGGCGCCUUUGUUCUCUUUCCCGUCGAAAACAAGGGGGUGGUCACCGCCAAGGCCGUCCUCUGCUCGCCGCUCUACUCGUGCUCGGUCAACGAGAUGACGUUCUCCGUCUCAUCGCUGGCCACCACCACCACUGCGUAUCAUUCUGCUCGCAACCUGUACUUUGUCGGCGCUAGCUCUGGUGGUGUCCUUCGGCUUCUAGUCUGCAACGCAUCCAGUCCGUGCUUCGCUCUCACUCUCGACACUGGUUCGUUUACCAGCUUCAACGGCAUGCCGCUCCAGAUCCACGUUUCGGCCGAGCUCGACGACGUCGUCAUCCUUGCUCCGCACGACGUCACCUACGCCUCGGUCGCCGUCCGCGAGCUCAUUGCCAUCCACUGCAAGCUCGGUGAUCUCCUCGACCGUGGCCUCUCCACCACAGAUGCUUGCUCUAUCGAGAACCUCUCGGCUGUGCUCCGCGACCCCUCCGCGACGCCGGUCGCCACCGUCUCCAAUUCGCACUUUGAUCGCGCUUUUGCCGCAGCUGCCGUCGCGCCCGUCGUCAGCAUCUUCUCCAAGAACGCUGCUGAAGAGAUCGUGUUGUGGACCAUCGACCGCUCACCCUGCCCGCCGGGCCACGCCUCGACGCUGCUCGCAUGCAACCCGUGCCCGGCCGGCACCUACCUUCCGACAGGAGGCCAGAAGUGUACUGUCUGUCCCGCCGGCACCUUUGCCUCGGACAUCGCCUCGACCUCGUGCACACCAUGUGCCGGUCCGGGCACAUGCUAUCCGGGCUCGACUGCUGACACCUCGCUCUCCCAGACCGCCAUCGCGCCGCAGCGUGCCUCCUCGCUCCGCCGCAACGAGACCACCGCCUUUGAGCCCACCAUCUUUGCCUUUGCCGAGUCCAACUUUCGCAAUCCCGAGUACGUCAAUGAGACCACGUUCGUCCUUGUCAUCGUAUGGGCUGUCAUCGCGGGCAUCGUCAUCCUGGUCUUCUUUGUUUUUACCGUCGUCUCCUCCCGUACAAAUAUCGAAGACACAUCGCAUCCCUCGCUCAUGGGCCGCGCCGUUGCCGCCCUCGCCGCAUGUGACAUCUUCUUCCGCGUCAGCGCAAAGACCGUCCCUGCUGCUGACGCCCCGAAUGACGACGGCCUCAAGGCCCGUGCUCGUGCCACCGUCAAGGUCCUCAUGCAGCACCGCUCACCGCUCGGCGGUGUCCUUGCCCUCGUCACUAUGCUCGGCCUUGUUGUCGUCAUCCUCGCUCUCUCGCUCAAGUUCUCCAUGGAUAACGCCACCAUCACCCCGUCGCAGCGGCCGUCGGGCAUUGCUCCGGGUGCCACCUUUACCCUCCCGCGCAUCCGCGUCACCGUCGACGUCUACGGCGUCGAUACUGAGCGCAACUGCAUCGCCAACGACACCACGAGCUGUGCGUCCAACAUCGCCGUCACCGCCGCCAACGUCGCUGCUGCAGAGUCCACCUCAUCCUCCUGCUCCGUCCCGCAGCAGUCUAUUUGCCGCGUCUCGUGGCUCUGUGAGGCCUGCACCCUCGUCGAGACCCCGCAGGUUAACGUCGAUCUCGGCUCCGCUGUCCCAUUUGUCCGCAACACCCUCGUUGCUGUCGAGCUCGCCCGCUCCGACCUCGCCUUUGGCGUCGAGGGCGGCUCAUCGCGCGUCGAGUUCUUCCUUGCGCCCUCGACUGCCAACCGCGUCUUCCAGAAGUCACCGCCGGCCCCACCGGCCUCCAUUCUCUCCUUUGUCGGCUACGCCAUGCAGACCGUCGACUAUCGCGCGUCCGAGUCGAACCCGUCGCGGACCCUCGGCUAUGGCGUGACCGAGGGCCGGCUCGAGCUCCGCGGCUCCGAGGUCAACGAGGACAACAUCGUCUUUGUUCCAUCGCCUGGCGCUACCGCCAUCACUGUCCGCAUCCUCCCGGCCUCCUUCCAUACGAUCACCGAAGUCCGACAGGUUCAAUCGUUCCUUGCAUUUGCUGGUGUAGUCGGUGGCGCCGCCUCGGCUCUUCUUGGCAUCGGCACCCUUGUCGUCAAGUCCAUCGAGCGCUUCCGCUCCUGGCGUAAGCGCUCGUCCAAGGACGAACCCGGCUCCAGGCUCUCUACCGACGACUCGGACGACUACACGCUCCUCUCGUCCUCGGCCUCGCUCUCGGACUCAGACUCGCCGGCCUCGGCCCACCCGCUCAAGUCGUCCAGCCCUGCCGCCAAGCCAUCGUCGCCUGCCGCCAAGCCACCCGCUUCCAAGGCUUCUUCCAAGACCGCAACACCGACCUCCAAGGCCAAGGCCAAGGCCAAGGCCAAGAGCAGCAAGUCCAAGUUGUAG